AUGCUGCCUCUUCAGUUUUAUCUGAGCCUGGUUGAGGGCAGGGUUAGCCGGAGCAGGCUCGGAGCAAACUCAGAGGCCAAGGUCACUGAACCAAUGGGCAGCCAGACCAAAGAGUGUGACUCGGCGGCCGGGAGCUCUCAGAGGGGCUUCCUGCAGGAGCUGGUGGUCACCUUCAGCUCCCCCAUGGCCUGGCUCCUCAUGAUCGCUCUCAUCAUAACAUGGUUGGGGGUCGCCAUUGUGCUUUUUGACCUGCUCGACUACACCACUCUGUCAGAGUACACUUCAUAUUGUGACGACCCCAAUUGUUUAUCGCCUGGGCGGCGCGGUAGUGAAGUCCUAUUUCAACAAGGUCUGCCGCCUCCAUCGUCCAUUGGCAAACGGGGGAUAAAGGCGCGAGCUGCUCGUCCACUGAAGGCGGCUGUGGCUCAUGUGACGUCUGAGGAGAGCUCUGAUUGGCUGCAGACGCUGUGGGCGUUCCUGUCCGGCCUGGUGGCCCCAGAAGACGAAGAGGAAGGUAUUCAACAGCUAACUGACCCCUUCACAUCUUUUCACAGUGAGGAGCUCUGA